AUGGAUAACAACUGGUCUACUUAUCCAAGUGUUGCUAAGACGGCUUCGAUUAACGGAUUUGCAGACAGAAUCUACGAUCAAUUGCCAGAAUGUGCCAAACCAUGUAUGUUCCAAAACACCGGUGUGACACCAUGUCCGUACUGGGAUACCGGGUGUCUUUGUAUCAUGCCAACCUUCCAAGGAGCAGUUGGUACAUGUAUUGCAGAAAACUGUCGCGGUGAAGAUGUGUUAGAUGCUAGGUCAUUGGCUACGUCGAUUUGUUCCAGCGCUGGAGUUUGGGAUCCAUACUGGAUGCCACCAGCUUCAGUUACCACUGCUUUGAGCACUGCUGCUGCUGCUGAAGCUGCUGAAACCACUCCAGCUUCAACUGAAGAAGAAAAGUCAUCAUCUGCUCCAGCUGAAACUUCUGCUCCAGAAACCACUGCUCAAGAAACCUCAGCCCCAGCUGAUUCAUCUGCUCCAGCUGAAACUUCUGCCCCAGAAACCACCGCUCAAGAAUCAUCUGCUGCCGAAUCAUCAGCCCCGGCUGAGUCAUCUGCUGCUGGUUCAGAAGAAGAAAAACCAUCAAGUGCUGAAGAACAAACUUCAUCAUCAGCCCCAGCAGAGGGUGAAGGUGAAGGUGAAACUUCAUCCGAAGCUUCUGUAGCUACUGUUAACGGUGCUGUUAUCCCAGGUGUUGCCAUGGGUGGUGUCAUUGCUGCUUUGGCUGCUUUGAUCUAA